AUGAUUUCUUUAAGUCGUUUCUUGGCUGUCUCCUUUGAUGGAGCCUACUUUUCAUUCACCCAAAAAUGGCCUUUGAUUCAACUAAUCAUCCCGUAUCUCCUGCAAGUGGCCAUUGAAAUGAGCGAUCGUUUGUUGAUUCCGAAUGGCACGAUCACAUCCCUUUCUUUCAUUUCCUAUGUCGCUGCCAAUAUUGAAGAAUUCCCGUAUUUUUUGAUGAUUGCUCUUGAUGUCGUCACCUAUGAAAAGUUGAAACAACGAAAACGAUACGGAAAACCGGUGUCACAAACAGAGCAUUUAUUGAUGAUGCAGAUGAUCUUCAACUCGGUGAUCAUCCUGUGCAUCACUUCCGGACUCAUAUUCUUUAGCCUAUUGCUUUCGCUGUUUUUUGUUAGCGAAAACCAAUCUCCAUAUAUGAGAACUUCAAUUUUGGUAUUUUUCUUUGUCUUUAUUUCAAUAGUCGCGACUCUUCAAUGCUGGGGUGAUGCUGAACAAAAAUCGAAGCUAGGACGCGCGAAAUCAAAAGAAACUUGCCAGUGCGGUUCUUAUUGUGCGUCAUGGACAAGUGCUGAUGACUGGCACUUUUGGGGUUGUGGCUGCUCAUAUCUGAAGGAUUACGGGAAAGCUGAUUUCUGCUCGCAAGAAGGCCCGAAUCUUUUCGGCGGCACCACGUAUAACUGUUGUUCGGGAGACCUUUGCAAUCAUUCGAAUAAAAUCUUUGGUUUCACAGUUUUUUUAAUAACUCUUUGUCUUAAAUGGUUUGUUGUU